AUGGUUUACGAUCCAGCUCGUGAUCCUUUCGGGAAACAUGAAAUGACCCCUGAGGACAGGCCAUUUCGUGCCAAUCCGAUUGACCAGAUGGUCACUUGCAAGGUACGAGGCUGGUUCCUGACCUCUAUUAAUGAACAGCUCAAGGAUCGACUUGAAGAAUCAUUUAUCAAGUGUAUCGUCGCGAUGGGUGAUCUCCAACUCAUCACGGGGUUCUCUAUCAUUGUCAGUGGCGCUCUUCAACUAGACUGCGGUCUGACUGUCUAUGAAUGGCAGAUUAUCGUCUAUCUAACAUGGUUCUCUUGUCUCACUCAUUUGUCUUGUCUGAUGGUCCUGCGCAGCUACCUUUAUGUUCACACGUUUGGGCGAACUUGGCGGCUGGUCGCUAUGGGAAUACUUGCCAUAUUGCUGAUUGUGGGAUUACUUCCCACGGCGAAUUAUGCCGCUCCUUAUACUGCACGUCCUGGUCCUUCAGACUAUGCCAAAUGCUAUUUGGCAAUUCAGCCCACCUCGAACAUAGGACUUUGGUCAAUGAUAUUUUCAGUGUUGAUUAUAGCCAUUGGCUUCAUUUCUCGCGUGAUGAAGUUACACAAAAUGCUUUCAGUCACUAUCUGGGGCAGCCUCAGAACCUGGGCUAGUGUUCAGGCUCGGGGCGUGCUGCGUGUCGUCUACAAGUUGUGUACUACAGGUGGCCGAGCGCGAGGUCUAAGCUUCUCCUUGGUAUACCGGCCACUGUUCGCGGUCUUGCUCGCUUCACGUUUUGUAUUAGAUGCAUGGUCUUCGAUGUUUGUGGAGGCGUUGUGGCUAUUUAUUGCCUUUCUUUGGGGUGUUAUCCGUCUCAUGAUCGCACUUGAUCACACUCCGAGGGGGUAUGGUUUGUGGACAAAGACCGCAAGUCAUGACCGAGGUAACUGGACUUUCGGACAAGUUGUAUCUUUGGUGCUGCUAGCGACACCCCUUGUAACCUUGCUGGGAUAUUUCGACCGCGAUCCUUCAACUUGUCCCCAAAGCUCACUGGCUCGGGAGGGCUCCGAGUUCCUUGAGCCCAUGAGGCGUGCCAAUGAUCCUAAUCCGCCUCCGUCCAUUGAGACAAUACUAGACGCCGAAGAUCCUGACGGGAACUGGUCUAACCAAUCCAAAACUCUUGGAAUGGUAAUAAUCUAUGCGUUGGUCUCGGUGAUCAACAUCGUCACGGAGCUUUUCUUCCAGUCAUUCGAUAGAUCCCUGAUUGAGGUAUUAGCCAACUUGCACUGGGUUAUCAAGGUGAUUCUUGUGCUCACUGGUAUCUAUGGCAUCGUUUUGUUCUCUUUGCUUAUCCAAUCAGAGGUGAGCGGAAAAAGACCGAGGAUUCAAGGCUGCCUGCAAUUUCUGAACCUUGCGUUCCAUGUAAUCAGCUUCAACUGCGAGUUAUUUUUCUAUGCUUCUUAUACUUCAAAGAGUCAGCCUUGGUUAUACUACAUGCAACUUUUUGCCCUGGGCUUUUAUGCCCUGGUGGCUGUUGUGUUUUAUGGGCUCGCAAGAAAAAGCAGGUAA